GUAGAACCAGUGGAUGGAAAUUUUCUAAUAGAAACUGUAAUGGACACCGAAAUUGCCCGCAAGACCUUCGAACUUUCUAACAACAUUGUUACAGUUGAUCCAGCUCAGGAUCAGAUAUACCGUUAUAAUAAUGACGAACAAAACUACUUUUUGCCUUUUGCUCACCUCGGCAUCAUUUUAUUGAAACACGCUAGCGUUCAUUAUUUCACCAAGGUCAAAAUUUCCGCAGUUGCUCUAAUAAAAAUGGUCAUGCACGCUCGUUCCGGUGGAAGCAUUGAAGUGAUGGGUCUCAUGCAAGGAAAGAUUGAUGGUAACACGAUAAUCAUCAUGGAUGCAUUCGCUUUGCCAGUUGAAGGAACCGAGACAAGGGUUAAUGCUCAAGCUGAGGCCUACGAAUACAUGGUUCAAUAUCUUACUACCAUUAGGCAGGUAGGAAGGCUUGAGAAUGUUGUGGGAUGGUAUCAUAGUCACCCAGGUUAUGGGUGCUGGCUCUCCGGGAUCGAUGUCAACACUCAAAUGACGAAUCAACAAUUUCAAGAUCCUUUCGUCGCCGUGGUUAUUGAUCCCAAUCGAACCGUAUCUGCUGGGAAAGUUGAAAUUGGCGCGUUCAGAACUUAUCCCGCGGGAUACAAAGCUCCUGAUGAUGGUCCUUCUGAAUAUCAAACCAUCCCUCUAAGUAAGAUUGAAGAUUUUGGGGUUCACUCUGAUCUAGCCGAAAAAUUGGAUCAGGCAGAAACAGAAUUACAACAGAGUGGUAGAGUAUCCGGCUUCGGAAGUAUGGGGGGAAGUCGUGGGGCUACUACUCCUUCACAAGCCACCGCCGUUUCGUCGUCAACUACUGCAACUACUAGCGGUGCAAGCACUGCGUCAUCUCCCGCGCCUGAGAAGAAAAGGCUGGAGGAGAGUCCACUUAGCAAGGUUACCAAGGAUAGCACAAAGAUCACUGUUGAAGCAUGUCACGGUUUGAUCUCCCAAGUACUUAAGAAUGUCCUCUUCAAUAAACCAAUUUCUAUCGCAGAACAAAAGAAGAUAGAAAUAGGGAAGCCUCAGAAUGAUUGA